CGAGCCCGCAGUCGCACCCGCCCCUGCCCCCGCAGCCGCCAUCGACCAAGAGCGGCGGCGACCGGUCGGCGGGCGACUCGGUUCCCCUGAUCCCCUCCGGUAUGGACGGCCAGGCUUCACACCCCGUCGCCGUCGCACCCGAAUCCCUGCCGCAGCCACCUCCGCAUCUGGAGACGGAGGCGGAGGAUGACCCCGUCGUCGUCCCCGACGCCUCCGAUGCCGCUUCUUCGGAGCCUUCCAAGGUCGGCGCCCUUUCGACGUCGCCUCUUAUUAAGGCGGAGGACGACCCGGUCGUCGUCCCCGACUCCGUCGAACUCGCUUCUUCCGAGGCCUCCGUGGUUAGCGCAGGUGGUGUAGUGCCGCCGCCACCGCCGUCGCGGCCUCUUGAUGCGGAGGAGGAUCCCCUCAUCGUCCCCGACACUUCCGAGGCCGUUCCUUCGGGGGCCACCAAUGUUGGCACAGGUAGCGUGGUGCCCCUGUUACCAUCUCCACCUCUUGAGGCGGAGGACGACCCCCUCAUCGUCCCCGUUAUUGAUGCCUCUUCGGAGGCCUCCGACGUGGUUACCUCUGGUGUCGUGCUUACGGACGAGCUCCGUGACAAGAUAGUUAAACAGGUGGAGUACUACUUCAGUGAUGAGAAUCUUCCCACAGAUGAGUUUAUGUUGAAAUUUGUGAUGAAGAACAAGGAGGGCCUUGGUAAUGUUCCGCUUGGAGUUGUUGCAUCAUUCAGAAAAAUGAAGAAACUUGUUCAGGACCACUCGACAAUUGAAGCUGCCCUUAGGACAUCAUCCAAGCUGGUUGUGAGCUCUAAUGGGAAAAGGGUCAGAAGGUUACAUCCCUUACCAUGCAAUGAAUUGAAAGACGUGAAGAAAAGGACUGUUGUGGUGGAAAAUCUACCUCUGGAUUUCGCCCUGGAGAGUGUACAGGAGAAAUUUGGAUCAGUUGGCAAAAUUAUGAAGAUAACCAUCCAUGAUCCACAUGCAGUUGGUGAAUCUGCAACAUCGAAGAAGCCUGACUUCAUGUUGAGUAAUAAGGUACAUGCCAUUGUUGAGUAUGAAGCAGUGGAGGCAGCUGAGAAGGCUGUGGCAACCUUAAACGAUGAGAGGAACUGGAGAACUGGGAUGAGAGUCAUACUCCUGGCUAAACGAAGUGUAGUGGGAUCAGGAAAGAAUAUCCAGUCUUCAAAAGAAAAUCAUGGCACAUGUUUGAGAAAGAACAACGAGGGCCAGUUUUCAAAAGAAGUACAGCAGUCGGUAUCAGAAAAAAAUGGUGGUGCUGAUUCAGGAGAGGUUGCUUCAGAUAAGGAGAAUGUGAACUCUGAUGUUAACCAUGAGGAAGUGCGCCAACACCAAAGGGCAAAUGCUAGCGGUGGUCGAAAAGGCAGAUACAGAAGCCAAGGAAAAGGCCUGAGUGGACAAGGGCAUGGCUCAUCCCCUACUAUUCCUGGUUCUGACUCUGCAAACAAGCCUAUUUCUGGGCCAAGAAUGCCGGAUGGAACAAGGGGCUUCACAAUGGGGCGCGGGAGAUCGCUUCCACUUCCGAAAGCUGAGAAGGCCCAGAAGACUGAGGAAUAGAACUUCAUACAAAUGGGUAGUGCUUUUUCAUGCCACUUUGUAAGGAUGUAAGCAUAACCAUGCUUCUAUGCUACAUUUCCUUUAUGACUUGUACACGGAAAAGCCCCCCGUUGCCUUUUUUGAAAUAACUGUCACUUCAGUUGGAGAUUUCACACGUGGCUGGUCCUUUACCACCUUACUAGUAUAGUACUACUAUGUAUAUUUGUGACAAGCUGACACCUGGUUUGAUGACUGCCAAAGCUUUGCCGGUUGUCAUAUGCUUUGGCUUGGAAAUGUCUGCUUAGGCUAUUUAUGUC